GAUGCGACCUGUCUCCCUCUCUUUCUCGCUCCCCCUCUCAGACAGCCUGGGAACUGUCGGGCUCUCCCCCACUCUCACGCAGCAGAGAGCGGACUCGGAGCUCCGCGCCACUUUCCUCCUCUUUCCCUCCGCACUGCGAUUCUCUCCUGGCGGACAGUAAGCAGCCCCUCACACCUGGACACAGCGACCCCCCACGGGGCCACGGUACCGCGUUCGGGGGUGCUUCACGCAGACGACAGAAGAUGGACACCCGAGCCCAGUGGCCCCCGACCCGGCGGGGAGGGAGACGCGGGCAGUGAUGGGACAGUUUUCGGGAGGAUGCUACCUGAGUUUUGGCAUCCUCGUACUUCUCGGUUCGCGAGUCCCGGCCACGUUAGCCAGAGGCCCCCGAGGGGAAGCCCUGCAACAUGGCCAGUCCGGGACCCUGCCUCACUUCCUGGAGGAGCCGGUUGAUGCUUACAUCAUCAAGAGCAACCCCAUCAAGCUCCGGUGCCAAGCCCGGCCCGCUCUCCAGAUCUUCUUCAAGUGCAACGGAGAAUGGGUCCACCAGAGCCAGCACCUGUCUCAGGAGCACACUGACAUGGGGACAGUGUGUCUCAGUGUGUCUCAGGUGUGUCUCCAGGGUGUGUCUCAGGUGUGUCUCAGUGAGUUCAGGGUUGUGUCUCUGGUGGUUGUCUCAGGUGUGUCUCAAGGUGUUCUCUGUGUGUCUCAGUGUGGUAUCAGGUGUGUCCCUUUGGUGUCUCAGUGUGUUCUCAGUGUGGUCCUAGCUGAGUCCUCAGUGUGUUCAGGUGGCUCAGGUGUGUCUCAGGUGUCGUCCCUCGGUGUGUCUCCAGGUGGUGCGCGCGGUGUGUCUCAGUGUCUCAGUGUGUUCAGUGUGUCUCAGUGUGUCCUCGAGUGUGUCUCAGUGGUGUCUCAGGUGUGUCUCAGUGUUCUCAGGUGUGUCCCUGUGGUGUCCCCCGUGUGUCCCUGA